UUUGUCACCAACUGUCAGUUUGACAUUUUUGAAGCGCUGGAGCGAUCACCCGGGAAAAAUGUUGCGCCUCUUCACGUUCGCGUUCUUGGUCAUCUGGGUCCGGUGCCACCCAGCGUCCGAUAACCCAAGUUGCACGGUGGACCAGUUCCGCUGUGACUCCGGCCACUGUACCCCGCUGGUUGGCCGCUGCAACGGCGUCAACGACUGCCCGGACGGCAGCGAUGAGUACGGUUGUGGAUACUUGCUGUGCGAGGAACCGGAGUGGUUCCGGUGUCCGGACAACCGGUGCAUCAACGGUGCGCUGGUUUGCGACGGUCGGAGGGACUGUUUUGGCGGGGAGGACGAAGCCCGGUGCGGGAUUCGGUUCGCGCUGAGGUCCGGAUCCUGCGGGAAACGUCAGUUUGCAUGUGUCAACAAGCGGUGCAUUCCGGCGAGGCAGAUUUGCGACGGAGUGGCGGACUGCGGGGACGGAUCGGACGAGACGUUGGGAUGCCUGCUGCUCAGUAUGAAGUUGGAGGAGGAAUGACGAUUUAUAAUUUGACGAAAUGAGUAAAAAAUGACAAAUGUUUCUAUUU